AUCAUCGUUCCAAUCACUCGAUACUGGUCUGAACCAAAUUUCCUUUCAUCUUUGCAUUGUGCAACUCAUCGUCGGAACGUCUUUGCAUAGCCCCAUCCUGGAAGAAGCUCUGUGAUGUGUGGAUCGUGAGUUUGCUCAAGCAAAUUGGACUCUUUACAAGGAAUAGCUAGAUUUGAAGACUAGGAUGGAAGAGCCAGCACCAGUGGAAGGCCAGGGCCAGCUCCCAAGCCCCCACCAGGGCUCUCUGAGGAAAGCCAUGGCAGCUGCCCUGGCCCUUGAUGGGGAAUCCACACUGGGUCGCAGGAAAAAGAAGAAGAAAGAGUCCCGCCCAGAAUCUAUUAUCAUCUACCGGUCAGAGAGUGAGAAACUGGAUGAGGAGCCUGGGGAAUUAGAAGGUGGAGAUCAGCCUAAAGAGGAGGAGGGAGAUGAUUUCCUAGACUAUCCUGUGGAUGAUGGUAUGUGGAACAUGCCUGUGGACAGCCGCUAUGUCACAUUAACUGGGACCAUCACCCGAGGGAAGAAAAAGGGGCAGAUGGUGGAUAUCCAUGUCACGUUGACAGAGAAGGAGCUGCAGGAACUCACCAAGCCUAAAGGGUCUUCAAGGGAAAUGGCACCUGAAGGCAGAAAGGCCUGCCAGCUGGGAGCAGACCGUGGGCCCCACGUGGUCCUCUGGACGCUGGUCUGCCUGCCUGUGGUUUUCAUCCUCUCCUUCGUGGUCUCUUUCUACUAUGGCACCAUCACCUGGUACAAUAUCUUUCUUGUGUACAACGAGGAGAGGACCUUCUGGCACAAGAUCUCAUGUUGCCCCUGCCUCAUUCUCUUCUAUCCAGUGCUCAUCAUGGCCAUGGCCUCUUCCCUGGGCCUCUAUGCUGCCGUGGUCCAGCUCUCAUGGUCCUGGGGAGCAUGGUGGCAAGCUGCCCGGGACAUGGAGAAAGGCUUCUGUGGCUGGCUGUGCAGCAAACUGGGUCUGGAAGACUGUUCUCCCUACAGCAUUGUGGAGCUGCUUGAAUCUGACAAUAUCUCAGGCAAUCUGUCCAACAAGGAUGCCACCCAGGAGGUAGAAACAUCCACUGUCUAAACUCCCAACAACUUACUUGAUUCUCUGGUCUCAGUAGCCUGUAUAUCAUCUUCCAAUUUCAGAAUAUUCCUUCUUUAAAUUAUUCCUCCCCCGCCUUCCCCCGUACACAGUUCUUCUGGAAAAUUUUAGCUCACACUGAUCUGUCCUACCAUCUUGUUGGUUUCCAGGAGGGCGGAAAACAGAAAAGCAAUCUGUGCCCAGAUAGUCCAUCCAGUGGAUAAACUCUUCUUCAUUCCUUGACCUAAGAUGACCAUUUUUCUGAGACAAGGGAGCUCAGGUGUGUGUCAGUUCAGGAGCUUGGAGGUGUUCCUGGUGCCUGGAACCCAGGGGAGAUGUGACUAAAUGUGACAGGGAGAAUAAGGAGGCUCACGGGAGACCCAAGUCCACCAAUAAGAUAAUAGAUAGGGAUGGAGUGAAAUAUUUAAGAAGCAGGCUGCAACAGUGUAGCAGAAUGUAAAGAUAUGUGUGUAUCACUUAGAUUUUGAUUUAUAUAUUAAAUAUAAUUAAAAUCCAAAUAUCAGUAGUUUAAACAAGAUAGAGGUCUGUUUCUUUCCUGUAUAGAAGAAGUCUGGAGGCAGACCAUCAGGGAAAUUGAUGAAGUCAUCAGAAUCCCAGGCUUUUUUUAUUCACCAACCCUCACUGCCUUUAUCCUCAACACCCAGUGCUGACUACAUCUCCAGUCAUCAUAUCCCCGUUUCGGAUAGAACAGAGGAAAGGGCAACGAAGAGCACAUACACCCUCCUAGGCUAAGGCGGCUUCUCAGAAGGCCCCCUCAACGCUUCUUGUAUCUCAUUGGCCAGACGGUAGUCACAUGACCUCACAAGCAAGAAAGCCUGGGAAAUGUAGUCUUUUGGCCGGGCAGCUAUAUUCUAAAUGUUUGGGUUCUGCUAAUUUAAGAGACAAGGAAAUAAUGGCUAUUUUGGUAGGCAAGUAAGAAUCUCUGGCUCACAGUAAUUAUUUAAAUACAUUCAGAUCCAAAACUGCGAGUACAGUUUUAUUUAUGUAUGUAUUUAUUUAUUUAUUUAAGCCUAAAUAUUACACAGAGAAUUUAUACAUAGAUACUAGCUAAAUAUACUAUGCAUAAACCACACGUAGAUAUUAGCAACUCAUGUAUGUUGCAAUUAAAUAUCUAUAAUGCCAUGUGGUUUCAGGUUUUUUAGAAAGGAAGAGUGGAUAGUUGAAUACAAUUAUAUCAUAGUAGCAUAGCUUUCUUCCCGGUAGUGAAGGUGGGCCUGUGUGGUGAUGUUUAGUUUAAUGUACAGAUGAAAGACUGCAAAGGGAGGCAUUGCAUCUGUCAGACUUUCCCCCAGCAAGGUCAGCAGCCCCAAGCACAAGAAGACAGUUAGCUUUGUGUGGUUUGUCAAAACUCACUCAGAGCUUUCUUCUCACAGCAAACACAGUCUUUGCUGUGCUGAAAAGCUUGGGUCUUCAUGGACGCUGAGGGUGUAAACCAGAUGGGUCCAGAUUAAUAGAUUCUGAACUUUAAAAAAAUAUUCCUGAGGGUCUCUUUCCAAUUUCAAAAAAAUCAAAUCCUAAGAUUUUGCAGAUUUUGGAGGUUUGAGUCCUUAUAAGAAUAGCUGGUGCCCUAUUCAUGGUUCAUGUCUCAGGAAGAAGCUGUUGAAAGAACUGCUGUGAAUCAAACCAGACGGGUCAAGCAAUGCUGUCCCACAGAAGGCCAGGACAUUUGCCUGAUGCACGGUGCUGUACUCCACCUUCAGAGGAAACCCCUCCUUUUUAAAAAUAACUAUUAUUAGUUUGAGAAAAAAACAACAACUGUGUCCAACACGUUUGAAGAUAAUGUUGGUGCUCUCUGGUGCUUUUACAGAGAUAUAAACAAUUGAAA